AUGUCUCGCCUAAGUAUAAUCAACCGCUCUGGAGGACUGACUUUUAGUGGCUCCCGCAACCACUUUUUGCACCGGGAUGAAUUCCCGAUCCUUGAUUUCAAAGAGCUUUCGGUGUGUCUCCAAGGAUGUGAUUUCAUCGCUAACGAAGAGCUUGUGUCUCGACCAUCGCCACAAUAUAUUCGUACUCUCUUUGAGCAGCUUCUAGACACUUUCAUGGGCUUUUCUCCCGAAUAUUGCGUUGCCACAACGAAGUCACUUCUCAAGGGAGAUGAAAAUGGAUCUAACCAAGGGGCAAUCGAGGAUGAUGGUAAUAAUGACGAUAUUGCUGAUACAAUGCACAAUCUUGUUCUUUUUCGCGCUACGAAUUCAUUGCUACAAACAUGCGGCGUUUAUGAUUUUCGUCUCACAGAUCUAAUGCGCCCAGAACCCCAGCGCAUAAGACGAAUAUUGAGUGCUGUGAUCAACUAUGCGCGGUUUCGAGAGGAGCACUUGCGCGAGUGUGAACCAUUGGUGCGGGUAUGUGAGGGAAACAUAGAAGAGGCCAGAAAAGUAGAGGAAACGAACAUUGCAUUGGCAAACAACAUUGAUAAGUUGAAAGGACGGCUCCAGGAGGAGAAAACGAGUGAAGAGACGCAUAACAAGUCUACUUUGGUACAACUUAAUAAUUAUAAUGCUCGUUUAGAACAAGAGCUAAAGAAGUUACAGAACUCACAAGAGACGCUUAAACACGAACAUGCACAAUAUAAGGAAACGAAGACCCGACUCUACGAGAAACUUGAAGAUCAUCACUAUCUUAUUGGUGAAUCAAUGCGCGAGGUGGAGAAACUUAAGGGCUAUACAUCAGCGGAUGCUUCACUUUUGCGUCGCAUAAUAAGCGACCUAAAAAGCCACCUCCAGCAGUGCGAGGAGCAGCUUCGGGAAAUCGAACAGGCCUUGCGCAACAAAAACAAAACAGUUGAGUCUGUUGAAGCAGUCGAAGAUGAACUUCGUAAUCUCAUCAAGAUUGUUCAAGAGGUGAGCAACGAUGCACGCAAGUUAGAGGAGGCACGCGACAACUUGGUGCGCCAAAAUGAUGAGUUGGAAAGCAAAAAACGUACCCUGGAUGAAUUGGCAGUACAUCUUCAACGUGUAGCGCGUCAGCUCGUUAAGUCUGAGGAGAAGAUUGCAAAAUUACGUCAACAAGCAAAGGAACGGGAGAAUAAUGCCAAGGCAAGGCUCCAAAGCCUUGAGGCUGAGUACACUCGGCUAGUGCACGAGCGUGAUGCAAAAGAAGAGAAGCUUGAUGGCACAAAGGUAGAAAUUAGCGAGCUUGAAUCUCUCAUACACGCUCGCCGAAGCGAGUUUGAUUCAGAGUGGCGGGCAACGGAAACCGCUGUGGCCAAGCUCAACGCCCAUAUUCGCAUGUAUUUGGCUGAUAUGGGACUGAUGGUAGCCGCAGAAAUGUAA